CCAGCUUGUUAUUGCACAAUGCACAAGUUUUGAUAGUAUUAUUCUGAAUAUGAAAUGUCAAGAGCUGCAGGUGGCAAGGCUGCGGUUCUCUCUUAGGACGCCGGGCUGGAACGUCUUACUCAGACAUCACGGCUUAUUCACUCGUGGACUGUAAGCCAGCCUGGAUGCCGUGCAAGCGACCGACGCCUAUGCCUCAAAGGGCUCCCUGUGCCAACACAACUCCCCAGCGCAUCGCAUCGUCUACAAACCGCGCGCACGUCCGCACGCUGCCUUUCCCAAUGCUCAAGGACCUCUUUCAUCGGCUGCAAUGGCUCUCUCGGUUGAGGGCAAGCAUGCUCUCGUCACGGGCGCCGGCUCAGGCAUCAGUCUCGCCUUUGCCCGACGCCUCCUCCAAGAAGGCUGCUCCGUCGUCAUCGGCGACCUCAAGCUCGGGGUCGAAGCCGAGGCGCUCCUGAAGUCGUAUCCUCACCCGCCGACUGCCCGCGACACUCCGUCCGUCGUGUUCCACGAGACGGACGUCACUUCAUGGCCACAGCUCGCGUCGCUCUUCGCCGCCGCGCUCGCCACAUUCCCUACCCUUGACAUCGUCGUCCCCGGCGCAGGCCUCUACGACCCGCCGUGGUCCAGCUUCUGGCAGCCGCCGCACACGGCGACAAACCCAGACUCGGCAUCGCGCGACAGGGCCGACAGUGAGCCUGGACACUAUGCGGUCCUCGACGUAAAUCUCGUGGCGCCGAUCCGCAUGAGCCAGCUGGCCAUUGGACACUGGACGAAGAGGAAAGAGAGGGGGUGCAUUGUGCACGUCGGGAGCGUGGCGGGCUACCUGGCCGAGGCAGCGAGCCCGCUGUACUUUGCUAGCAAGCACGGGCUGCAUGGCUUCGUGAGGUCUUUGGGAGAUAUGAGAGAUGAGCUUGGUAUUCGAGUCAGCUGCGUAGCGCCAGGCCCGGCGAAUACGGGAAUCUGGUACCAAGACCCUGGCAGAGCGGACGAGAUUCUGCAGGGCUGCAAGUGGCUCACCGUCGAGGAGAUCGUCCAUGCCAUGCUUGAGCUCGUAAUCAAGGACGAGUAUGGAAACGGCACCAUCUUGGAGGUGACUCCAGGGGAGACGAGGGUUGUGCCAAUGUUCAACGCGCAACCGCCGAAGCCUGGAGCGGUGCAUAUGCCUGCGAUGGGAGCCUUCCAUGAGAAGUUGUUUCAUGACUUGAGAACCAAGGGUCUCGGUGUGUGAGCUCCCAAUUUGACAUUGAAGGCGGCCGUCACUAUGGUCAGCCAGGGCAUUGACAGCUGUCUGUUGCGAGGGCGUGACAGAGCCCAGGUCAUAUCUAUGCGCACCAUAAGUUGUAGUAAUUGUGAAUAAUGAAAUAGAUUGAAGAGUUU